AUGGCUGAAUUAGGUGUUUCGUUUCUGAAACUUCCUGUUGAAGUGAUCAUUCAAGUAUUGAGUUAUUUGGAAGUUAGUGAUCUUAACAAUAUAGCAGAAACAUGUCAAGCAUUAAAUCAAAUAAUUAACGAUGAAGAACUUUGGAAAAAUUUAUUUAUCAAGAGAUUCCACACAAAUCAUUUCAGUUCAGUAUCAAAUUCAUUUAAAUUUAGUUUAGAAUUAUUUGAAAGAUCUGAAAUUUUACAUCGAUGGAAGAAAUCAACUGGGAUUCAUAAGACAUUUUUAAUUAAUACCACAUCUUUAGAAGAAGUUACAUUAAGUUAUCCCAAAAUAAUUUCAUUAAGUGAUCAAGGAGAUAUUAAUAUUUCAUCAAUUGAUAAAGGUAAAACAGAUAUAACCAUGCCAUUAACAACACCUUCAAGAUGUACAUCAUAUUCAUUUAAUAGUUAUGCAGCUGUUUUUGGUAGAAUUGAUGGUAAAAUAUAUGGUAAAUUAUUAGCAACGAGGUCAUAUUUAAGCUCACCUAAAGAGUUUAGUAGGUCACAUGGAUGUAUGGUUACUGCAAUUGAUCAUGAUGAUAUGCAAUGUUAUAGCGGUGAUGAACAAGGAAAUGUAUUUAUAUGGGAUAUGAAGAAUGGUGAAUUUACAAAUAGUUUUAAAGUUUCAAAUGAACCUAUUGUAAAAUUAAAAGGUAGAGGAAAUACUACAGUUGCCAUAGAUUCUACUAAAAUUUAUAUAUUGGAACAUCCUGAUAAAAUACGAUCAAUUGAACAUAAUAAAGGAUCUGAAUUUUUCCAAGUUGAUUUAGGUGCUAAAGCAGUAUUAGUUGGUAAUUUACAUAAUUUAUAUAUUUAUUCAUUUCAUGAUUCAUCAUUUGGAAGAUCACAAAAAAUUUCAAUUUUCAAUGAUAUUGAAGAAGAUGAAAUUUAUAAAAUUUCAUUAGAAUCCAAGAGACAUUCAAAUAGAGAUGUUAAAAUUGCAGGUCAUGAUGGAUGUAAUUUAGGUAUAUUAACUAAAAAGGGGAUUGUUUCAACUUAUAAUAUUAGAGAUACAAGAUUAAGAUCAGAUGAUUAUAAUUUACAAAAACAAUGUGAAUUUACUCCAAUAAUUGAUAAUUUGAAAAUACCUGAUGGGAUUCCACCAAUUUGUUCAAUAUCAAUAAAUUCAUCAGUUGUACUCUUGGGUUCGUAUAAUGGAUUUGCAGCAGUUUAUGAUGUUUUAACAGGUGAAUUUAUUAAACUUGUUUCAAGUAGGAUUCCUAAAAGGUAUUUAAAUUUAACUCAAGCUCCAUAUUUAAUACCUGUUAAAUUUAUUCAAUUAUCUCCUAAGAAUCAAACAAAUGGUAUAUUAAUUGUUAAUAAUGCAGUUCAAUAUUUCCAAUUUGGUAAAUCUUUAUAUGAUUUCCAAAAUCGUCAAAAGAAGAAAAAAGUUUUAACAGGAGUUGUUGGUGAUCGAAAGGAUAAAUUAUUGAAAAAAAUUAAACAUGAUAUUCAUGAAUUAAAUUAUGAAGAUUAUGAAAGUUAUAAACAAGAUCAAUUAUUAGAUAAAUAUAAUGGAUCUGAUAUAACUAUGGAGGAAGAAAUUGAAUUAGCUAUGGUUUUAAAUAAAUCUAUGAAUGAUCAAAAUCAUAAUACAGGGAAAGAAUUGGUGGAUUUAGAUGAAGAUAUAGAUGAAGAAUUAUCAAGGGUAUUGGAAAUGUCAAGAUUAGAUCAAGGAGUAUCAUCAAAUUCAUAUGAGAAUGGUACAGGUAGUUCAAGUAAUAAUAUUGAAACACCACAAGAAAUACCGAAUGAUGGCGAUGCUGAUAAUGAUGAUGAAUUUGAAAAACAAAUCCAAGAAGCACUCAAAAGAUCUUUAUACGAAUAA